UUCUUAUAUGUAAAGUUUACUUGAUUUUGCGGUUUUGACAAUAUUUCUCUGGAAAUUGGCACUUGUCAAAGUGAGAUUUUUGCUUUGCUACAUUUUUGUGCUAAGUGAUUUCCAACUAAUUUUAUUUUUUAGAUUUUUGUUAUCUCCUGAAGUUCUACGAUUUGGCAGCUUGCUCAAUCAAAUGUUUUCAAACAUGCCAUUGCUUCGUAAAGGUAUGAACAGUGGGACGAAGAAGGCCUUGAUUGUGUCAGUGGGAACAUUUCACAAGCCUGACCUGCCACCUCGAAGCGGCUCCAAAAGAGAUACCAAGAGACUUCAUAAAAUCCUAACGAAACUGGGGUUCAAAGUCACUUUGUUAAAUGACCUGACAGCAGAAGAAAUUUAUGAAGAAUUUCAGAAUGCCAGUCGUGAGCCAUUAGGGGAGUGUUUUCUUGCUGUCAUAUCAAGCCACGGUGAGGAGGGCACAGUGUAUGGAGCAGAUUGCAAACCAGUGAAGCUGGCAGACAUCUUCAGCUUUUUCGAUGGCCCCGCAACAAAAUCAAUACCCAAAUUGUUCUUUGUCCAGGCUUGUCGUGGUCAAAACUUGGAUGGUGGCAUUGAGGUUGACUCCGCGAUGUCUCCAGAGGAGGAGGAAGACUGUAGCUUCUCUACCUAUCUCUCAAUCCCAAAUGAGUCUGCAGUUUGUUUUGCCACAGCUCCAGGCUGCGCUGCUUUUCUGAACCUCACAGGUUCGGUAUUUCUGCAGACAUUGUGUGACAUUUUGGAGGAGGAGAAUGGCUGCAAUUUGGAAGUGAACCAAAUCGCCACACAGAUCAACUACAGAGUGGCGUAUCAUUAUCAGGCAAAAGGACAAGAGUUGAGGGGGAAGAAGGAAAUGCCCUGCUUUGUUAGUCGUCUCACCCUUCCCACUUUUCCAUUUGCAAAGAGUUGCAAAGAAAGGAGCUUCCCUCUAGCUAUUGAAGACUGUCACUCCAGCACCCUACACUGCAACUCCUCCCGUAAAAAGUCAAUCAGCUAAGAUGGGAGGAUUCAGUUUAAGGGCCUCAUUUUGAUUAACAGACAGAUUGCUGAAACAGACAAGGAAAUCUGUUAUGUAAUACUGAAACCGUUUCAUAUGCUGUACUUUUUGAGGAAGUAAAACUUGCAGAAAAAAAGGUCAAAGGCCUUCACAGAAGCAACCAGGAGCCUUUUGACAAACUGUGUCUCACUUCACUGUGUGUGAUCAUCUCUACAGAGACUGAAAGAGAGAGACAUUAUGUACGCAAAGAAAAUGUCUUUACAAUGUAUAAUUGUGGCAGGCCUCAGAAUACAGGAUGGAUUGGCAGGGAGCCCUGGCUAUGUGAAUCCAAUCCAUUGUAUGCACUUCAAGACUCGUAUAAAGGUGAUGUGAGCAUUAACUACAGAUAAACACUGACGUUACAAAACAAAAUUUGCACAUUUGUGAAAAUACUGAUGCUUGAAAUAAACACUUUGUUAUGGAGGAGCUCUUUGUGUUGCUAACCUCUUCUAUCUGCAAUAUGGUGGAAUCACAAAGGACCACAUUUUUCAGUUGAAAUGGCGAACACCGACAAGUGCUUCGAUCUUGCUUCCCUGUAUUAUUUUUGUUAUUUAAAUCUAAGUAUACUGUUAGCCACUACAGACUAUAGUUUAUUUAUUUUCUAGCUAUUUAGCAAUAUCUGAAACUAGAUUAGAUAAACUUUAAUAAUUCCAUGGAGAAAAGGACUUUCCUCAUGUCCAGGGUUUGUUUCAGUCUUGCAUCUGAUGCCACCAGGUCUUGGUGGCCCAGAACUAGAUUAAGUGCACUC